UAUUGUGCGCCCUGAGGUGUACGCCGCAUCGGAACCGCUUUGGCAAACUGUGUAGUCAAGCCUAUAGGUCAAAACUAAUAAAAGUUCUGGGCAUAGACGUAUUUAAAUAUGGAUCUUCAUCAACGAGGUUGGUUAGGAUGGGCAACUAUUUUUGCCAUUGCGUUAUCAGUGAACGGUUUGAGCAAACGCGACAUGUUUGAUUAUGGAGAGCAAGCUGGAGACCAACUGUUGGAGCAAGGGACCGACCAAACUCAACAACUUAUUUUGAAUCAGUCAAUGUUCUUCUUCGAUGGCACAUAUGACACUGUUUAUAUCAACACCAAUGGUUUUCUGUCAGUAGAAGAACCUCAGGUGGAGUAUGAGUACCUGGGAAAGAUGCCUGCCAGCUUCAGAAUGAUAGCGGUUUUCCUCGGAGAUCUGGACAACAGCGACGGAGUGGGGAAGGUGUACUACCGACAGGACAGCAGACCCUCCGUGCUUCUUCGGACCACUGACCACAUCAACCAGGCAUUCCCUCAGGACGAUGAGAUCAAGCCCACCCACGCCUUAAUCAUCACAUGGGAGAACGUGGCGGCCCACGGCGUGCCUGGUCGAGGAGAUGGGCUCGACAGAAAGAGAAACACGUUCCAGCUGGUGGUGGCAUCCAUGGAGUCCGCCUCCUACGCCAUCUUGUUCUACCCCAGGGAGGGGCUGCAGUACAGCUCCACGCCUGUGGCGGGCCAGAGCGAGCCAGUCCACACCGGCUUCAUCAAGGGCCGGGUCAAGGGCUGGUUCAACUGGAGCAGCAGCCCGGGGCCCUACUACCGCAUUUCCACCGACAACGAGACGUCCGUCAGACAGCUCUCAGAGGAGACAAACUCAGGCAGGCGUGGUGUGUGGGUGUAUGAGAUCGGCACCUCCCCGAUCUUCUACUCCAUUAUCCCAGGCCAGGUCACCAACCUGUCCCCAGAGGAGGGCAUGGCAGGUGGGCAGAUGGAGUCCGUGCCAGAGUUUCCACCCAGAAACACUGGAGAACAACAGGAGAUUGAAUUCCCUCCCUAUGAGCACGAGGAGGAAGAGGAGACACCUGAACAAGAGCUGCCCCCAACUGUCCACCCGGUCCAGUACCAGCCCAGAUACCCUGUUGUCCCUGAGCCGCCCCAGCCCAGCUACUCUGAGCCGACCCAGCCCAGCUACCCUGAGCCGACCCAGCCCAGCUACCCUGAGCCGACCCAGCCCAGCUACCUUGAGCCGACCGAGCCCAGAUACCCUGAGCCGGACCAGCCCAGAUACCCUGAGCCUGUCCAGCCGGCCCAGCCGCAGCCACCGCACUACGAGCCUCAAACCCCACAGGUGGUGGUCGUGGAUGAAGAUGAUGACCUUGAUGUUGACGUGUUUGCGUACAAUUCUGAGACAUGCGCCAGUAACAGGCAGAAGUGCUCGUCCUUCGCCGACUGUAAGGACUACACCAAUGGCUACUGCUGCCAAUGUAGGCCUGGUUUCUAUGGCAAUGGCAAGGAUUGUGUGGCUGAAGGUAAGCCCCAGCGGAUGAACGGCAAAGUGAAUGGCCGGGUGUUUGUGGGCAACACGCCCUCGCCGCUGGAGCUUUCCAACAACGACCUGCACUCGUACGUGGUGGCCAACGAUGGGCGCGCCUACGUGGCCAUCAGUACCAUCCCGGCCGGCCUGGGACCCUCCCUUCAGCCCCUGUCUUCCCUGGGAGGGGUCAUCGGCUGGGCCUUCGCUCUGGAGCAGCCCGGCUAUGAGAACGGCUUCAGCAUCAUCGGUGGCGUGUUCUCCAGGCAGGCCGAGGUCACCUUCUUACCGGGCAACGAGAGGCUGACCAUCAAGCAGGAGUUCAAGGGCAUCGACGAGCACGACCACCUGGUGGUGAGCACCGAGCUGGAGGGCCGUCUCCCUGAGGUCCCACGCGGCUCCACUGUGCAGAUCGACCCCUACAAGGAGAUCUACCAGUAUGGCAGCAACCUGAUCACCUCCUCCUCCAACCGCGACUACACUGUCAGCCUACCGGAUGGCAGUGUCCAGACCAAGGCCUACCAGUGGCGUCAGACCAUCACCUACCAGAGCUGUCCCAAUGACGAGGAGGUCAGGGCCGUGCAGUCUACCCAGCAGCUCAGCGUCGACCAGAUCUUCGUCAUGUACGACUUGGGCAACCAGCUGAUCCGCUACGCUAUGAGCAACAAGAUCGGCUCCAUCCACAGUGGCCCACCAGAGCAGAACCCAUGUUUCACCGGCAGACACGGCUGCGACACCAACGCUGCCUGCAGACCCCAAGAAGGCAUCCAGUUCACCUGCGAGUGUUCCACUGGUUUCACUGGGGACGGACGUCAAUGCUAUGACAUUGACGAGUGCAGAGAGAUGCUCGAGAUCUGUGGUUCUCACGCCAUAUGCAACAACCAACCGGGAACAUUCCGCUGCGAGUGUGGGGACGGUUUCCAGUUCGCCAGCGAUGGCAAGAGCUGCGUCGAAGUGGACCGUCCAAUAGACCACUGCCAGAGGGGUACCAAUAACUGCGACAUCCCAGAGAGGGCACGUUGUAGCUACACGGGGGCGUCUGCCUAUAUCUGCUCCUGUCUGUCCGGAUUCGUGGGUGAUGGUUAUACUUGCCAGGACAUUGACGAGUGUGAGCAAGGUCGCUGUCACCGGGACGCCGUCUGUUAUAACUCUCAGGGCUCCUUCACCUGUCAGUGCCACCCCGGUUUCCAUGGUGACGGCUUCCAGUGUACCCCUGGCUCCCCGGAGCAUGAGAAGACGCAGUGCGAGCGAGACAGAGAAAGCAUCCAGGUCUCCUCCGACACAGGCUCGUUUUCCUUCUUCCGCCCACGCCCCGCCGUCAGUCAGUACGUUCCUACCUGCGACCAGCAUGGUGCCUACGAGCCCACCCAGUGCCACGGUAGCAUUGGGCAGUGCUGGUGUGUGGACGGCAAUGGUCAGGAGGUCCCCAACACUAGAACUGGCCCCGGCCAAAGACCUUUGUGUAUUGACCGGGGAGUUAUUCCUCCCCCGAUCGGACCCACCACCAGGCCGGAUGUCUCUCCUGUGGCCCCAGGGACCCACCUGCUCUUUGCCCAGAGCGGGAAGAUCGAGCAAAUCCCCCUGGACGGAUACAGCAUGAACAAAGGGGAGGCCAAAGCCCUGCUGCACCUGCCUGACAGAGUGGCGAUCGCUGUGGCCUACGACUGUGUGGAGAAGAUGGUGUACUGGACAGACAUCACAGGGCCCUCCAUCAGCAAGGCCAGCCUAGAGGGAGGAGACACCAUCUCUCUCAUCACAACAGACCUGGAGAGCCCAGAGGGUUUGGCUAUCGACCACCUGGCCCGGCUAAUGUUCUGGACGGACUCCAUGAAGGACAGGAUUGAGGUGGCCAAACUGGACGGAAGCCAGCGCCGUGUCCUCUUCAACACCGACCUGGUCAACCCCCGGCCCAUCGUCGCUGACCCCUCUUAUGGACGACUCUACUGGGCAGACUGGAACAGAGACGGGCCCAAGAUCGAGAUGUCCAACAUGGAUGGAACCGACAGGACAGUCUUGGUUAAGGACGACCUGGGGCUGCCAAACGGCCUGACAUACGACCCUGAGAGCCAGCAACUGUGCUGGGCCGACGCUGGUACUCGUAAGGUACAGUGUAUGGACCCCAACAGUAGGAACCGUAGGACUAUUGUGGAGGGGAUUCAGUAUCCUUUCGCCAUCGUAUCCCAUGGGAGGAACCUUUACUACACUGACUGGAGAAGGGAGGCGGUGGUAGCCGUGGACCGCACAACGGACAGAGAGACGGACGAGUUUCUGCCACAGAAGCGUUCACGAGUGUACGGCAUUGCCACGACCCCAACUCAAUGCCCACAAGCAUAUAACUACUGCUCGAACAACGGAGGCUGUUCACACCUUUGUCUACCUCGCCGCGGCGGCUUCACCUGCCGGUGCCCAGACGUGGUGGACGGAAGCUGUGUAGAGAGGAAGUUGUGAGGACUGAAGAGAGAUCAGUAGAUUCUCCUGCUAACUGAACAAAAGGAGUUGUGACACGUGUGCCUUCCAACUUUCCUCUUUAGAGGAAGAAUGAUAAGCUGCAUCCGGCUGCCUGUUGCUCUGUGGCCCAAAUCCAUUCAGAUCGCUAGGCCUCUCUUGCUCAGUUCCUUGUUGAUUUCCCUCUGGCAGAUCUAAGAGGAUUGGGUAGUUUGUAAGGAUAUGAUAGGGAUCUCUACUGUAGUUCUCUGGUUGGUUAGGUGGAGUUGCUAUCCUAUUGCGUCCACCUAUCUAGUCCUUUGACGUUGUUACUGUGUGUAUUUGAAACCUCACAAAUUAUUUUGGCAUUAUUUUAUGAUCCAUUUAUUUGAUAAAAAGUCACAUUGUAUUUUUUUGUAUUGUAAAUAAAUACCUGAAAUAUACAGUUGAAGUCAGAAGUUUACAUACACUUUAGCCAAAUACAUUUAAACUCACAAUUCCUGACAUUUAAUCUGAGUAAAAAUUC